AUGCUUGACGGUGACAACGAUGACAACGAUGAUAUCGCCGAACAAUGCAACGCAUCUGGAAACCAGUUCAUAUCAACACCUCCUGGUUACAGUAUAUCACAAGACCUUGCCCAGAAACGUGAGGAAAGGCUCAUCGAGCUUUGGGUGCCUGGAAGAUAA